AUGACAUCAGCCACGGAGUUUGAAAAUGAGGGCAACCAGCCGCCAUACAGCCGGAUCAAUGCCCGCUGGGAUGCCCCAGACGAUGAACUGGAUAAUGACAACAGCUCAGCCAGGCUCUUUGAGAGGUCCCGGAUCAAGGCUUUAGCAGCCAAGUUAGAAGAGCAGCCCAGGAAACUGGUGGAGCCAAAGCCCACAAAGGGGAAGAUGCGUAUCCACUGCCUGGAGAAUGUGGACAAGGCCCUGCAGUUCCUCAAGGAGCAGCGGGUGCACCUGGAGAACAUGGGUUCCCAUGACAUUGUGGACGGCAACCACCGCCUGGUUCUGGGUCUCAUCUGGACCAUCAUCCUUCGCUUCCAGAUUCAGGACAUUGUAGUCCAAACUCAGGAAGGCCGCGAGACUCGCUCAGCCAAGGAUGCGUUGCUGUUAUGGUGUCAGAUGAAGACAGCAGGCUAUCCCCAUGUCAAUGUCACCAACUUCACCUCCAGCUGGAAGGAUGGUCUGGCCUUCAAUGCCCUGAUUCAUAAGCACCGGCCUGACCUGAUUGACUUUGACAAGCUGAAGGACUCUAAUGCCCGACACAACCUGGAGCACGCGUUUGAUGUAGCUGAGCGUCAGCUGGGCAUCAUCCCGCUCCUUGACCCCGAAGAUGUCUUCACAGAAAACCCUGAUGAGAAAUCCAUCAUCACCUACGUGGUAGCGUUUUACCACUACUUCUCCAAGAUGAAGGUGCUGGCAGUGGAGGGCAAGCGUGUUGGCAAGGUGAUCGACCAUGCCAUUGAGACCGAGAAGAUGAUUGAGAAGUACAGUGGGCUGGCCUCAGACCUGCUCACCUGGAUCGAGCAGACCAUCACUGUCCUGAACAGCCGCAAGUUUGCCAACUCCCUGACCGGUGUCCAGCAGCAGCUGCAGGCUUUCAGCACCUACCGCACUGUGGAGAAGCCGCCCAAAUUUCAAGAGAAGGGGAACCUGGAAGUUCUACUUUUUACCAUCCAGUCCCGGAUGAGAGCCAACAAUCAAAAAGUGUACACACCACAUGACGGGAAACUGGUGUCUGACAUCAACCGGGCCUGGGAAAGCCUAGAGGAAGCAGAGUACCGGCGAGAGCUGGCCCUGAGAAACGAGCUUAUCCGCCAGGAGAAGCUGGAGCAGUUAGCCCGGCGCUUUGACCGAAAAGCUGCAAUGAGGGAGACAUGGCUCAAUGAAAACCAGCGCCUCGUGGCCCAGGAUAACUUUGGUUAUGACCUGGCAGCUGUGGAGGCCGCCAAGAAGAAGCAUGAGGCCAUCGAGACUGAUACAGCUGCCUACGAGGAGCGCGUGAGGGCUCUGGAGGACCUGGCCCAGGAGCUGGAGAAGGAGAAUUACCAUGACCAGAAGCGCAUCACAGCCCGCAAGGACAACAUCCUACGCCUGUGGAGCUACCUGCAGGAACUGCUGCGGGCCCGACGCCAAAGGCUUGAGAUGACCCUGGCACUGCAGAAGCUCUUCCAGGACAUGCUGCACAGCAUCAACUGGAUGGACGAGAUCAAGGCUCACCUCUUGUCUGCUGAGUUUGGGAAACACUUGUUGGAGGUAGAGGACUUACUACAGAAGCACAAGUUGAUGGAGGCCGACAUCGCCAUCCAAGGGGACAAAGUGAAGGCCAUCACCACAGCCACCCUGCAGUUCACUGAGGGGCAAGGGUACCAGCCUUGUGACCCCCAAGUCAUCCAGGACCGUGUCAGCCAUCUGGAACAGUGCUUUGCAGAGCUGAGCAACAUGGCAGCUGGACGAAAGGCCCAGCUGGAGCAGUCCAAGAGGCUCUGGAAGUUCUUCUGGGAGAUGGAUGAGGCUGAGAGCUGGAUCAAGGAGAAGGAGCAAAUUUACUCUUCCUUGGACUAUGGCAAGGACCUGACCAGCGUGCUUAUCUUACAACGCAAGCACAAGGCCUUUGAGGAUGAGCUCCGGGGACUGGAUACCCACCUGGAACAGAUCUUCCAAGAGGCUGAGGGCAUGGUUGCACGUAAGCAGUUUGGGCACCCACAGAUUGAGGCUCGUAUCAAGGAGGUGUCAGCUCAGUGGAACCAGCUGAAGGAGCUGGCUGCCUUUCGCAAGAAGAACCUCCAGGAUGCUGAGACCUUCUUCCAGUUUCAGGGUGAUGCAGAUGACCUGAAAGCCUGGCUGCAGGAUGCCCACCGACUGCUCUCAGGUGAAGAUGUGGGGCAGGAUGAAGGGGCCACACGGGCCCUGGGGAAGAAGCACAAGGACUUCCUAGAGGAGCUGGAGGAGAGCCGUGGAGUGAUGGAGCACCUGGAACAGCAGGCCCAGGGCUUCCCCCAAGAGUUUCGGGAUUCCCCAGAUGUGACCAACCGGUUGCAAACCCUCCGGGAGCUCUACCAGCAAGUAGUAGCCCAGGCAGACCUGCGUCGGCAGAGGCUACAGGACGCCCUGGACCUGUACACAGUGUUUGGGGAGACAGAUGCCUGUGAGUUGUGGAUGGGCGAGAAGGAGAAGUGGUUGGCCCAGAUGGAAAUCCCAGACACUCUGGAGGACCUGGAGGUCGUGCAGCACAGGUUCGACAUCCUGGACCAGGAGAUGAAGACUUUGAUGACUCAGAUUGAUGGCGUGAACCUUGCAGCCAACAGCCUUGUCGAGAGUGGUCACCCACGAAGUGGUGAAGUGAAGCAGUACCAGGACCACUUGAACACCAGGUGGCAGGCAUUCAAGAUAAUGGUAUCAGAGCGGCGGGAGGCAGUGGACUCGGCCCUCCGAGUGCACAACUACUGUGUGGACUGUGAGGAGACCAGCAAGUGGAUCUUGGACAAGACGAAGGUAGUAGAGUCCACAAAGGACCUGGGCCGGGACCUGGCAGGGGUCAUCGCCAUCCAGCGGAAGUUGUCAGGGCUGGAGCGUGAUGUGGCUGCCAUCCAGGCCCGUGUGGGUGCCCUGGAGCGGGAGUCGCGGCGCCUGAUGGAGUCACACCCUGAGCUGAAGGAGGACAUUGGCCGCCGGCAAGCGUAUGUGGAGGAGCUGUGGCAGGGCCUACAGCGAGCCCUGCAGGGCCAGGAGGCCUCCCUGGGGGAAGCCAGCCAGCUGCAGGCCUUCCUGCAGGAUCUGGAUGACUUCCAGGCCUGGCUGUCCAUGGCCCAGAAGGCUGUGGCCUCUGAGGACAUGCCCGAGUCACUUCCCGAGGCUGAGCAGCUCCUGCAGCAGCAUGCAGCCAUCAAAGACGAGAUUGAUGGGCAUCAAGAGAGCUACCAGCAUGUCAAAGCAUCUGGAGAGAAGGUGAUCCAUGGCCAGACAGACCCAGAGUACCUGCUCUUGGGCCAGCGGCUAGAGGGCCUGGACACUGGCUGGGAUGCCCUGCGCCGGAUGUGGGAAAGCCGUGGCCGCUCCCUCGCCCAGUGCCUUGGCUUCCAGGAGUUCCAGAAGGAUGCCAAGCAGGCUGAAACCAUCCUCAGCAACCAGGAAUACACUCUGGCUCACUUGGAGCCCCCAGACUCCCUUGAAGCUGCAGAGGCUGGGAUCCGGAAGUUUGAAGAUUUUUUGAUGUCUAUGGAGAACAACCGUGAUAAAGUCUUAAAUCCUGUGGAUUCUGGAAACAAGCUGGUAGCUGAAGGAAACCUCUAUUCAGAGAAGAUCAAGGAGAAGGUGCAGCUUAUUGAGGACAGGCACAGGAAGAACAACGAGAAGGCCGAGGAGGCCUCAGUUCUUUUGAGAGACAACCUGGAGCUACAGAACUUCCUCCAGAACUGCCAGGAGCUCACUCUCUGGAUCAAUGACAAGCUGCUGACAUCUCAGGAUGUCUCCUAUGAUGAAUCACGAAACCUUCACAACAAGUGGCUAAAGCACCAGGCAUUUGUGGCAGAGUUGGCUUCCCACCAAGGGUGGCUAGAGAACAUUGAUGCAGAAGGAAAGCAGCUGAUGGAAGAGAAGCCCCAGUUUGCGACCAUAGUGUCCCAGAAGCUGGAUGCCUUGCACCGGCUCUGGGAUGAGCUGCAGGCCACCACACAGGAAAAGGCCAAACAACUCUCGGCUGCCCGGAGCUCUGACCUACGCUCACAGACCCAUGCCGACCUCAACAAGUGGAUCAGCGCCAUGGAGGACCAGCUGCGGUCAGAUGACCCGGGAAAGGACCUGACCAGCGUCAACCGGAUGUUGGCGAAACUGAAGGCACUGGAGGACCAAGUGAAUGUGAGGAAGGAGGAGCUGGAGCAGUUGUUUGCCCAAGUGCCCUCGCUGGGUGAGGAGGCAGAGGAUACAGAUGUGAGCAUCGAAAAGCGGUUCCUGGACCUCCUGGAGCCUCUGGGGAGGAGGAAGAAGCAGCUGGAAUCAUCUAGAGCCAAGCUGCAGAUCAGCCGGGACUUAGAGGAUGAGACGCUCUGGGUGGAAGAGAGGCUACCUCUGGCCCAGUCAGCCGACUACGGCAUUAAUCUGCAAACCGUGCAGCUGUUCAUGAAGAAGAACCAGACGCUGCAGAACGAGAUCGUGGGCCACACGCCACGGAUCGAGGCUGUGCUACAGAGAGGAUACCAGCUGGUGGAAACCCCUGAGGUCGACUGGGGGGACAUUGAGGAGCGCCUGCGGCACCUGCAGGACUCAUGGGACACGCUGCGGGAGGCAGCAGCUGCGCGGCUGCAGCGCCUGAGGGACGCCAAUGAAGCCCAGCAGUACUACCUGGAUGCAGGCGAGGCUGAGGCCUGGAUCAGCGAGCAGGAGCUCUAUGUCAUCUCUGAUGAGACGCCCAAGGAUGAAGAGGGCGCCAUUGUGAUGCUCAAGCGGCAUUUGCGGCAGCAGCGCUCAGUGGAGGAGUAUGGGAGGAACAUCAAGCAGCUGGCCAGUCGGGCCCAGAGCCUGCUGUCUGCAGGCCACCCUGAAGGAGAACAGAUCAUCAGACUUCAGGGGCAAGUGGACAAACAGUAUGCGGGGCUGAAGGACAUGGCAGAGGAACGCAAGCGAAAGCUGGAGAACAUGUACCACCUGUUCCAGCUGAAGAGGGAAGCAGAUGACUUAGAGCAGUGGAUUGCGGAGAAGGAUCUGGUUGCAUCUUCCCCAGAAAUGGGGCAAGACUUUGACCACGUUACUCUGCUCCGGGACAAGUUCCGGGACUUCGCUCGGGAGACUGGGGCGAUCGGGCAGGAGCGGGUGGACAACGUGAAUGCCAUCAUCGAACGGCUCAUCGACACAGGCCACGGUGAGGCGGCCACCAUUGCUGAGUGGAAGGACGGGCUGAAUGAGAUGUGGGCGGACCUGCUGGAACUCAUCGACACACGCAUGCAGCUGCUGGCCGCCUCCUACGACCUGCACCGCUACUUCUACACGGGCGCUGAGAUCCUGGGCCUCAUCGAUGAGAAGCACCGGGAGCUGCCUGAGGAAGUGGGGCUGGAUGCCAGCACUGCAGAGUCCUUCCACCGGGUGCACACUGCCUUCGAACGGGAGCUCCACCUGCUGGGUGUGCAGGUACAGCAGUUCCAGGACGUGGCCACCCGCCUGCAGACAGCGUAUGCUGGGGAGAAGGCUGAUGACAUCCAGAACAAGGAGCAGGAGGUAUCUGCCGCGUGGCAGGCACUGCUCGAUGCCUGUGCUGGGCGCCGGACCCAGCUGGUGGACACAGCCGACAAAUUCCGCUUUUUCAGCAUGGUCCGUGACCUCCUCUCCUGGAUGGAGAGCAUCAUCCGGCAGAUUGAGACCCAGGAGAGGCCCAGGGAUGUCUCCUCUGUGGAACUGCUCAUGAAGUACCACCAGGGCAUCAGGGCGGAGAUUGAAACCCGGAGCAAGAACUUCAGUGCCUGCCUGGAGCUCGGCGAGUCCCUGCUACAGCGGCAACACCAGGCCUCCGAUGAGAUCAGUGAGAAACUGCGGCAGGUGGUGUCCAGGCGAAAGGAGAUGAAUGAGAAGUGGGAGGCUCGUUGGCAGCGACUCAGCAUGUUGCUGGAGGUGUGCCAGUUCUCUCGGGAUGCUUCCGUGGCUGAAGCGUGGCUGAUAGCCCAGGAGCCCUACCUGGCCAGUCAGGACUUUGGCCACACAGUGGACAGUGUGGAGAAGCUCAUCAAGAGGCAUGAGGCGUUUGAGAAAUCCACAGCCAGCUGGGCAGAGCGCUUCGCUGCCCUGGAGAAGCCCACCACGCUUGAACUAAAGGAACGCCAGCCCCCAGAGACAAUCACUGAGGAGACUGGGGCUCAGGAGGAGGAAGGCGAGACAGCUGGGGAGGCUCCCGGAGUUUCCCAUCAAGCAGCCACCGAGAGAACAUCCCCGGUCAGUUUCCUCUCCCGUUUGUCUAGUUCCUGGGAGUCACUGCUGCCAGAGCCUGCUCAUCCCUACUAG